GAAAACAAUUACAGAUUAUUCCUUCAUCGGUGCUCCGCAACACACACACACAUAAAUAUAUAUAUAUAUUGAUAGAUAUAGAUAUAUCACAAAGUAUAUUACAUUAUAUUUCUAUAUUCUCUAUAUUUCCUCAUCACUAUUUGAUAUGAUGUUGCCUUUGCUUUCAUUUAUAGCUGUUUUUACUUUCGUUUCGGCAAAUUGGAUUCCGAACGAUGAUACCUGGGAACUGUACAAAUCCACUUUCAGAAAGGAAUACAGAAACGCAGAGAUAGAAAAUUUCAGACGUGCUAUGUGGGAAGAGAAUGCAAAUUUCAUCAAUGAGCACAAUUUAGAAGCUGAUAUGGGUAUUCACACAUAUUGGUUGGGUAUGAAUGAAUAUGCAGAUCUGAGUAACAGAGAGUUUCAAGAAAUGAUGACCGGUUUUCUUCCCCAGAACCGUAGUAUGGAGACAUCAUUUAUCAGCAACAACCUUGAAUACUUGCCUCGAACGGUGGACUGGAGACAACAUGGAUACGUAACAGGAGUGAAAAACCAGGGACCUUGUGGUUCGUGCUGGGCAUUUUCCGCUACUGGUUCACUUGAAGGCCAGUACUUCAAAAAAUAUGGCAGACUGAUUUCGUUGUCGGAACAAAUCCUUGUAGACUGCUCUUCAUCAUUCGGUAAAUACACUUAUACAAAAUUUCUACAUGCUUCAAAAUGGAAUAUCGGUAACUCUCGGAACUACAAAAAAUAUGUAGAAAAGGAAUCAAAGAAAGGAGAUUGUGAUUUUAAGAAACAAGUAUGUGAAUAUGACAGGAACAAAGUAGUCGCUUUUGUCAGCUAUUACUUUAAUGUGAACCAGAGAGAGAGCGCACUACAAGAAGCAGUAGCCGGUGUGGGUCCAAUCUCUGCUGCCAUCUAUGCCGAUUCCAAUGCAUUCCGAUUCUACAAGCAUGGCAUUUACAAAAGAAAUGAUUGUAAUCACCACAUAAAUCAUGCGAUCUUGGUGGUUGGAUACGGAACAGAAAAUGGACAGGACUACUGGUUAGUGAAAAACAGUUGGGGUCAGCGAUGGGGUGACCAUGGUUAUAUCAAAAUGGCUAGGAACUAUAACAACAUGUGUAGGAUUGCAUCCCUUGCUAGUUACCCUAUUGUGAGAUAGACUCAUCGUUUGAAACUUUUUAUGAAUUUUCUUUUUAAACCAAAUUACAUCUAUUUUUGAUCAUUGCUGUUUUGUUAGGUAGUUACCUAUCACUUAAUCAUCUUGUACAAGGAAUAUAACUCUUUCAGAAACCUUAUACUGAACUUCUAUUGCUUCGUUCGGUUUUUCACUAGCGGAGAGCUAUCACUAUAAUUUUCAUACUAGCCCCACUGACGAGCGCCGUUCAAUGUUAUCACUAAUUCAUGUGCGAAACGAUUUCUAAAAACGGCUGAGAUGGAUCUAUAAUACUACGUAGUAUAAAGGUUAAUAUACAUACUCUAGUAAUAAGUGUACGAGUUCCUGUUCUUUCUGAUUUAUGAACGAUUAGACGACUAUAUCUAUAUAUCUACCCCUCUCUCUCUCUCUCUCUCUCUCUCUCUUUCUAUAUAUAUAU